UGUCUGUGUGGUGGUUUGAGAAAGUGAAUGUUGGGGCAUUGGAGUACUCAGGGUUUUUUGUUUGCCAUGGAUAAAGGGUGGACACAGUUACCCUUGUUUGUAAUCUUCCUGCUCUUUUUGAGUAAUACUCAUGGAUUUAAAGGUGGGGCUCAUUCAGAUGCCCGCCACCGGUGGGGCCAAGCUUCAGACAGAACGUUCUCACCUCGUGCAGUCCAGUCUUCUGUGUCAGAGGUCCCUGUGACUGGGAUUUUGCCUGAAGAAGUGGGCUCUAGUUUAUUCGCUAACAGACCCCUGAAAAGGUUGAACUUACUCCAAUUUGUUAAAGGUGGUGUUUCCAGCAGGCAUGAAUCAAUGUCCCAUGCCCAGACAGCUCCAAGCAGCUCUGUUUUAGCUUCCUUGCCUCUACCCUUAAAUGAACGGCAUGCAGGCCGUUUGACAUCGCUCCAGGGUUCCUCUGGAUCAGCCGCUACAGAUACUACUAGUGUUUCUACACAAGGAGAAAGUAGCUUCCCUGCCACACUUGGCACUUCUGGCCUGUCCACCAGUGAUGAAAGCUCCCCUAGUUUGUACAUGUCCAGCUCCCUGGAAACCUCUGGUGCUAAAUCAGCAGAAGCCACUUUGCCUGUGUUCUCUCAGGAGAGUAUCUCUUACAGCAGUUCAUCUGCUCCAGGUGCCACGUACACUUCUCAAGGUAGCCCAGUGCUGGCUUCAGAAGGCUCUGGUCAAUCCAUCUCCCCUCAGGGUGAAAGCAGUUACAGUGGCUCGCCUCAGUCUCAAGGUGCCUCGAGUCAAUAUAACCCAGGCUCCUAUAACAUGCUCAGUUCUUCAUCUGUUUCUAGUCAGUCUACCAGUGACCAGAGUACCCCCGGUUUGUAUAGUUCUAGCUUUCAGGGAAGUUCGGGCAGUUUGUUGGAAGCUUCUGGCUCUUCUUUUCAAGGGGAAGUGGCAGGGCUUAGCUCUCAUGUUGACUUGUCUCCCCAAUCACAAGACAACUCCAGUCAGCUUCUACCCUCACAAAUGGAGGUCUCUAGCCAGUCUACUAAUGGUCAAAGCACUCCCAGCUUGUUUAUGCUUGGCUCUGAGAGCAGUUCAGAUUCACAGUCAACAGGUCCUGCUUCACCUCUAGACACUCAGGGUAGUCUCUCUCAAAGCAUUUCUAGCCAGUCCACAAGCGUUCAAAGUUCACCUAGUGUGUCUACAAGCACCCAGAGCAGGUCUGCCACUCAAUUAACUUCCAGUAAUUUUUUUCCUGUGCAGGGAGGUAGUAGUUCUACUUCUAGCUUCUAUCUGAAGCCUCAGGGCACUCUGGGUCUGUAUGCCCCUGCGUCCCGUACCAAAUAUGUGAGUUCCCCCAUGUCAUCACACCCAGCUGUUUAUAGCCAGUCAAAAAGUAGCUCUGGUCCUUGGUUUGGGGGCUCUACUGGCUUUGCCUCCCAUGGAAUAAGUAGCACUUACAGUGGUUCUGUCCAGCCUCAAGGUACCACAAGUCAGUUUGCCUCUGGGUCUCCAUCCUACUAUCCAAGUGUAUCACUAUCCUCGCCACAAGGGGCCUCCAGUCAGUCUGCUACAGUCCAAAGUUCACGGAAGCAGAUUGCCUCUAGCUAUGGCACCCAGUCAGGGUCCUCUAAGCCAUUCACUCUGCAGGGAAGCUCCACUUAUGGUGGGUCACUCCAGCCUCAAGGUACCUCAAAUCAGUUUGCCUCUGGGUCUCCAUCCUCCUAUCCAAGUGUAUCACUAUUCUCACCCCAAGGUGCCUCCAGUCAGUCUGCUACAGUCCAGAGUUCACGGAAGCAGAUUGCCUCUAGCUAUGGCACCCAGUCAGGGUCCUUUAAGCCAUUCACUCUGCAGGGAAGCUCCACUUAUGGUGGGUCACUCCAGCCUCAGGGUACCACAAGUCAGUUCGCCUCUGGAUCUCCAUCCUACUAUCCAAGUGUAUCACUAUCCUCGCCACAAGGGGCCUCCAGUCAGUCUGCUACAGUCCAGAGUUCACGGAAGCAGAUUGCUUCUAGCUAUGGCACCCAGUCAGGGUCCUCUAAGCCAUUCACUCUGCAGGGAAGCUCCACUUAUGGUGGGUCACUCCAGCCUCAGGGUACCACAAGUCAGUUUGCCUCUGGGUCUCCAUCCUACUAUCCAAGUGUAUCACUAUUCUCACCCCAAGGUGCCUCCAGUCAGUCUGCUGCAGUCCAGAGUUCACAGAAGCAGUUUACCUCUACCUUCACAGGCAACUCUGGCACCCAGGAAGGACCCUCUGUUCCCUUCAAAUGGCAGGGAAGCACCACCUACGGUGGAUCACUCCAGCCUCAAGAUACCACAAGUCAGUUUGCCUCUGGGUCUCCAUCCUCCUAUCCAAGUGUAUCACUAUUCUCACCCCAAGGUGCCUCCAGUCAGUCUGCUACAGUCCAGAGUUCACGGAAGCAGAUUGCCUCUAGCUAUGGCACCCAGUCAGGGUCCUCUAAGCCAUUCACCCUGCAGGGAAGCACCACCUAUGGUGGAUCACUCCAGCCUCAAGAUACCUCAAAUCAGUUUGCCUCUGGGUCUCCAUCCUCCUAUCCAAGUGUAUCACUAUUCUCACCCCAAGGUGCCUCCAGUCAGUCUGCUGCAGUCCAGAGUUCACAGAAGCAGUUUACCUCUACCUUCACAGGCAACUCUGGCACCCAGGAAGGACCCUCUGCUCCCUUCAAAUGGCAGGGAAGCACCACCUAUGGUGGAUCACUCCAGCCUCAAGAUACCACAAGUCAGUUCGCCUCUGGAUCUCCAUCCUACUAUCCAAGUGUAUCACUAUCCUCGCCACAAGGGGCCUCCAGUCAGUCUGCUACAGUCCAGAGUUCACGGAAGCAGUUCACCUCUAGCUAUGGCACCCAGUCAGGGUCCUCUAAGCCAUUCACCCUGCAGGGAAGCACCACCUAUGGUGGAUCACUCCAGCCUCAAGAUACCUCAAAUCAGUUUGCCUCUGGGUCUCCAUCAUCCUAUCCAAGUGUAUCACUAUUCUCACCCCAAGGUGCCUCCAGUCAGUCUGCUACAGUCCAGAGUUCACGGAAGCAGUUCACCUCUAGCUAUGGCACCCAGUCAGGGUCCUCUAAGCCAUUCACCCUGCAGGGAAGCACCACCUAUGGUGGAUCACUCCAGCCUCAAGAUACCUCAAAUCAGUUUGCCUCUGGGUCUCCAUCCUCCUAUCCAAGUGUAUCACUAUUCUCACCCCAAGGUGCCUCCAGUCAGUCUGCUACAGUCCAGAGUUCACGGAAGCAGUUCACCUCUAGCUAUGGCACCCAGUCAGGGUCCUCUAAGCCAUUCACCCUUCAGGGAAGCACCACCUAUGGUGGAUCACUCCAGCCUCAAGAUACCACAAGUCAGUUUGCCUCUGGGUCUCCAUCCUCCUAUAAUGGUCAUUGUGUAUCGUUGUCCUCGCCCCAAGGUGUUGCCGACCAGUCCAGCCAAGCAUUUCAAAGCUUUUCUGGGUCCCAAAGCCAAAAGUCUCAAAGAUGGCAGCCUUCACGAGGUAUUCAGACCUCAGGUGCAGCUGCAUCACAGGGCAGCUCUCUGUCUCAAAGCUCUCCAAUGCAGAGUUUGUUUCCUUCCCUGUCAUCAGCAGGAGGCUCAUCUUCAGGAGAUCCUGGACCGUUUGUUUCUGCACAGGGUGGUAGCAGCAGAUAUGGUGGCUUUUCUGUUCAUUCUCAAAGCCCCUCUAGCAAGUACACCCCUGGGUCUCAUGCAUAUGCCAAGCUUGCUUCCUCUCCCCUAGCUGUUUCUAGCCAGUCUACCAGUGAUAAGCGGUCAAAUGGCCUGUAUAGCUCAGACUCUCUGCGAACCCUGGGUCUCAUUGGUGUAGUUGAAAGACCCUCUAGACUCCCAUCUCAAGCUCCUUCUGACUCUACAAGCAGUAACCAGAUAUCUGAGCAUUUUGUGGCCAUGCAACGCCCCACAGGUUCAAACCUAACUCCAUCUCUAGGCUUGAGUGCCCAAGCAUCAUCUGUUGGCAUGUUCUCUGGUAUCCCACAGACUGCGCAGGCUCUACGUGAAUCUGGGUCAGAUGUCCAGCUAUACAAUCGACCAUUCCUCAAUCAGCUAUACUCCGUAAAGGGCUAA